UGAACAUAAAGUAGCGGCGCCACCCAAACUGCAACCGGACAACCUCUUCAGCCUUAACGCUGUUCAAUUAACUUCUGAGAACGGUUCUAAUUGUUUUGAAACGGGUCACACUUGGAUUUGCCGUUGAGUUCACUUUGAGUUCUGGUUUUUCGCAGAAGUCAGAAGUAGUGAAUCUUCUAAAUCAGGGCUAUGAUUUAUACAUAAUUGCACUUCAUUUGGUAGAACUUUUCAUAUGAAAUAGUGAGUAUUUUCAGGUUGUUUGUUCAUUGAUACUCUAGUGCAUAUUGACUCAAUAUAAUCAACAUGGCUGACUGGGCACAGGAGAGAUUGGAAGACGUUUGGGUUCCGGUGGGGGAGCGACUACGUCUUCCGCCUAGUCUCAUCUCGGCCGAGGAGUGCCACGCGAUGUUGCAGAGAGUGAGACACCUGGAACACUCUCUGGUAGCCACUGUGAAGCAGAAGUCACACUUCGUCUCUUUCAUCGCAUACAUCUCACAACUGUUGGAGCUGAUUAAUGAGAGGAGGGAGGAGGAGCACUUUAAGUUGCGUCGUGUGGACAUCGAGGGCGUGAUCGUGACCAGAGCACUGGCCAUACUCUCCUCGGCCACUUUUCGCUUCUCAGACGACCUGCAGCUGUGGGCUACUGCUGUCCAGUUCUCAAUCAAGAACGGGAGACUGAGGCAUGUGAGCAAAGUGUUGGUGCAGAUGUUGCAGUACCACUCCCACAAUGAGAGCAUGUGGGUUUAUGCUGCUAAAGUGGAGUUCGAGAGACUGGACUCGAUCGAGACUGCCAGAGCACUCUUUCUCCAAGGUUUAAGGAAGCAUCCAAACAGUUUGCUGAUCAACAAAGAGUACUUCAAGUUCGAGUUAUUGGCAGCAGAGUUGAACCGAGAAAGAUCGAUGACGGUAGAGGAGCUACUGAACAGCGAAGAUAAAAUUAACAGUCCGAACGAGGAGAAAAUACGAGAUGCGAUGACGACUUCCAAAGUAGCGGCGAUUGUUUUCGAAAACAUCAAACAGUCAAGACCUUUCGACUAUGAUUUGAUAGCCAGCUGUUGGGAAAUUUGUCAGGGCUUCGAUUUUGCAAAAGAUUUAGAAAAAGAGAUAGAGAGCUACAUGCGUGAAAAGUUCGAAAGGAAAGAACAGUUCUGGGUUGCAAAAAUUGAAUCAGCUCUGCAUUCGGAAACUAUCGACGAAGUAAAAGAUGUUUGUGACGAGGCCUUUCUGCUGUGUCACGAUUCACUUUCUAUAUACGGACUUCUCAUAUCUGCAAUCAUGCGCAAAACUGCAUCCCUCACUUCGAAAUCUCUCGCAAUGGCUUACUUCAAACUCUGCAUUGAAAUAUUCACCCAAGGGAUGGAUUUGAAGCUUAUUGAUGAAAAUACGGCUGUACAUGUUCUUCAGGUUUUGAAGCUCCAGGAUGGACAAUUGUGUACUAAACUGGUGAAGCAGUUUUUGCAGGAGAACUCAGAUAGUAUAGGCGGCAAUGUUUUGUUUUUGGAGUGUUUGCUCGAAAUGGAUUCGUGUGAAGCACAGAAUGAAAUAUGCCAAAAAGUUCUGAAUAAUGAGAAACUUCUGAAUUCAGUACUAUUUUGGACAACUGUAAAAGAUAGCUUACCGAAAAUAUCCCAAAUCGAAAAUUUCUCUGAGAUAAUGUCAAAAUUUCUUUACUCAAGCGAAAUAACGGAUAAAGACUGCAAAAUUGAGAUUAAAAAUGUGACUUUCAAAUUGACGAAUUCGAGUGAAGAGCUUUCGACGUCUGAAAAAUGGCAAACGUUGAGGAAAAUAUUGUCACUGCCUCCUGUCAACUUUCAUCUGUUCCAGAACAUUCUGGCAGAGGCAACGUGGUUGAGUGUCACUCAAACGAAGUGGCUAUUCGAACACUUUUCGAAGUUGAUCGGAGAAGAGUCAGUAGAAAUUUGGACAGAGUUUAAAAAGUUUUUAUUGGAAACUGGAGACGUAAAACAGGCGAAUUUGUGUAAUGAUAGAGCUUUGAGACACCUCUCGAAAGAACUUGUGCCUCAGUUUUUGGAAAGUAUAGCUGCUUAUGAAUGAUAAAUUGAGAUUAUUUGAAUUGUUUUAUUCGUUA